CCAUUGUACCAAUUUCCCUCAGGCCUUGUAGGAUGCCAGCAACCCCAAAUCUGCAACAGAAGAAAGCCAACAGUAGAGAUGAAACCUCACUGCCCAUAAAUCAGCUCUCGGAUGACCCUCACUCCUCCAGCUCUGUGACCUUGGACAAUCCCUCUGACAGCCCCUGUCUGUCCUCCUCAGGAAAGAUCCUAAAGUCACUGUUCCCUCAGUGGGCUGUUUUAUCAGUGCGGUACUUCAUCAUGAAGAGCAGCAAUGUCAGGAACAUAGACAUUUCUCAGCAGAAAGGGAUCUGGUCCACCACACCAAGCAAUGAGAACAAACUCACCAAAGCCUUCAUGGAGAAUAACCUCAUCAUCCUCAUCUUCUCUGUUCAGGGCUCUGGACACUUCCAGGGCUAUGCUCGCAUGACAUCAGCUGUCAGUCAGGAGAGCUGCCAGGACUGGGGCUUCAUAGGACUAGGAGGGGUUUUCAGUGUAGAGUGGAUCCACAAGGAAAGUCUUCCCUUCCACUGCACCCAACACAUCUUCAACCCAUGGAAUGACAACAAGAAGGUCCAGAUCAGCAGAGAUGGACAGGAGUUAGAGCCCCAGGCAGGCAGCCAACUUUUGUCACUAUGGGAGAGAAACCCAAGGAAGCAAGUGAAGUAAGAAAAGGCAGCAGAACACCUCUCUGCACUUUUGUUUUCUAGGACGGCUGACAUGUCAUACUUCUACUGACUGCACUACCGGUUCAGGAGAGAUGACAGGAAAAUGGAAGAAGGACCCAUUCAUUUUAAAGUUCAGCUCUUGGCUUCUUCUGUUUCUGUGUUUUGUGUAUUGAAUAAGUUCUCAUUUAGGUUUCAUUCCUGUUAUUCAGAAUGGUACUCAACAAACAACAAACACUAUGUUCACAGUAAAAUGUAUGUGGCUCUGUGGAUGUUAUAAAAAAAAAUUUUUUUUUUAAAUCUUACAAUAAUUAGAAUGAAUGAAACGUGUGUAUCACUAUUUUUGAUUUGAUAAAUGCAGAAGCCAUUACAGUUCAGUCAGAUUGUUGUAAUGAUAUCCAGUUAGUUUUACUGUAAUGUUUUAAGAGACUGACACAUGUAUAUUAUUUACUGCAUAUAAACAAGGCUUCUCUUCAUACCCAGUAGGAACUUUGGAGAUUGUGUCUCUUAGAAUGGUUUAAAAUGUUGUGAUGACGUUAAAGUGCCUCAGGCUCCAUCAUCAGGGACUCCUUUUGGGACUCAUUUGAACCUGUUUGUCAAUGUUUUGCUUCCUGGAUAAAGACAGAAAUUAGUUAAUAUAUAUUGUUUGCAUUUGAAUCUUGAACUUUAAGCAGGUUCCUUUUUCUGGAUGAGGAGACUGUUGAGUCCAGGUUUCCUUAUGAUUGUGUUAACGAGUUGACAAAAAUAAAUAGUGAUUUCCACUUAA